GGCGCUGGCGCAGGCGUGGCGGGCGGAGGCAUGGCGGCGGCGCUGGCGCAGCUGGGCAGAGCCGCGGCCUUGCUGGCGGGCGCGCAGCGGGUCCUCAGGGUUGGCGGCUCAGCGGAGAAGUGCCUUUCCAGGGGGAUCAGCUCCCAUGAGCGCCCGAAGCGACCUCUCACCGCCUACUUUCGUUUCGUGAAAGACAAUCAUUUAGCUUUUAAGCAGAAAAGCCCAGAAAUUAGCAACUUGGAGCUGAUGAAAAAACUAGGAGGUGCUUGGAGGGAGUUGCCAGCAUCACAGAAACAAGUUUAUGAGGAAGCUCAAAAGACAGACUGGCAAAAAUACAAAGAGCAGAUGGCUGUCUAUCAGGCACAACUAACUCCAGCCCAGACUGCAGCUUUGAAAGAAGAAAGAAGACGACGACUGGCAAAAAGAAGAUCAGUCAGAGUAAAAAGAGAAUUGUCUAUACUUGGAAAACCUAAAAGACCUCGUAAUGCUUUCAACAUCUUUCUGUCAGAAAAAUUUCAAGAAAGCCAGGGAAUUUCACCUGUGGCAAAACUGAAGCACGUAUAUGACACCUGGCUUAAACUGUCCACUUCUCAAAAGCAGCCAUACCUGCAGCUUGCUGAAGACGAUAAGGUUCGGUAUGUAAAUGAAAUGAAGUCAUGGGAAGCAAAAAUGGUCGAAAUUGGACGUGAAGACCUGGUACGUUCUGGAAAGCAAAAACAAAAACCCAAAACUGCUGAGACUGCAAAGACAGCUCAAAGAGCCAAAGCUUCCCCACAGGACACCAAAGCCAAGUUAAAAAAAUCAGAAGAAUAAAGUGGUUACGUAUUUUAUAUUUAAUGUCCUUUGGUUGUCAUGUCUUUUCUCCUGCUGUGUUAGUGCUGUGGUGAGCAUUAGCUCACUGGAGCAUGAUGAAGUAAGAGAGGAUUUGGUGUCUCUUGGAAAUGAUUGAAAUAAUUACUGCAGGUGUAACCUGAGCUAUUCCACAAUAACCGGUUAAUCAAGCUGUGAACAAGUGAUACUGACAUCAGCAGAGCUCUCCAAUAAUGGUAGAUAACAGCCAGCUUUUAUAAAGUAUUUUUUACAGGAGCCAGAAUAUUCUAUGUUACCACCUAAAUUCUGUAAAUAAGCUGAAAACUGAGGCACUGCUGUUGUGUUUUAUUCCCUCCAUGAUACCAGUAGUGAAAUGUUCUGCAGUUCAACAAAAGAAAUGUAAAAUAGGAACUUUUAUGCAUCUGUCUUUUUGUACCUGCCAAUCCGUGUAUACCACUGAUGCCACAUUUCAUUAAAGACUAUAUAAGUUUUGUAUGAAUGUAUCUUUAGUGGACCUUUAUUUCCUUGGGUUUGUUUGGAUACGUGCAAACACUUUGGCAGUCCUGUUGUCACAUUUAGGAGACAGCCUGGAAAGAGAAGAAAAUAUGUGAACUGUUAGAACUUUGAGUUCUGAUGCAAUAAAUAGGUGUUUUGAAGAGGUA